GUAGCACUUAGAAGUAAUCAUUUCUUGAAACCGCAUCACAAUGAAAUCAUUCCUCGUACUGGCCGCAGUGAUCGCUGCCGUUCAUGGCAACUCUCUGAUUUGCCGGAACUACCGAUCGGGAGCCCUGGUGCCCAAUCCGGAGAAUUGCGUCGAAUUUUUCAUGUGUCGCCCCGGACGAGCGAUCCAGUUCAGCUGUCCAGAACACACCCGUUUCAACGUAGCCAUCCAGGCCUGCGAUCCUGCCACUACAGUCCUCUGUAGACCGGGAAAACUUCCGCUGGACACUGAGUACACUCCCAUCAAGGCAGCACCUUCGACUAUCCAGCACACAAAUACGGCUUGCAUCGGUCAGUUGGGUUCCGUCCUUCUGCCGCACGCCACCUCGUGCAGCAUGUUCUACCAGUGUUCGCCGAACGGAGUGAUUGCCUUCGAGUGCCCCGCCGGUACUCUAUUCGACGCCAACCGGAGGUAUUGCGAACGUAGCGAUAUGGUGACCUGCCAGAGCAGCCCGAUUGCGCCACCGACCUUCCCGGAAAUUCCGAUGCUACCACAGGUUCCAAUUUUGCCACCAACCAUCCCGGAAGUUCCGGUCAUGCCGCAGAUUCCGGCUCUACCUCCAGUAGAUAUGGAUGAAUACAUUCUGAGCCUAUGCAUUGGAAAACCACAGGGCUACAAAGUGCGCAAUCCGUUCAACUGCCGUCAGUACGUGCACUGCAACUCCAUGGAUCGUUCGAGAAUUUUCACUUGCGCCGCGGGAACGGCGUUCGAUGAAGCUCGUGCCACCUGCGAUUGGGAGCGAAAUGUGCAGUGUUAGGUCGGUGUGUCAUUUUAAAUCUAAAUCUAUGUGCGAUUAAUUUCCAUGUGCAUAAUAAAGGUGAUGGGUUCAAAAACGA